AUGAUAAUAUUCAUCUUUUUAAUAUAUAUAACUCGUCAAACUUAGAUUGAGAUCUAUUAGUUUAAUGCAAGUUCAAAUUUCAGUGAUGGUAAUGUAUCAUUACUUACAUAAUAGAAUGGGUAGGUGGAUAUUUUAGAAAUUGUGGAGAUGUUGAAUAUUUUGGGCCCUCCAUUAGCAGGAUAUUUUUAAAUUUAGAAUCUCAUUCUCAUAUUAUAGUUGAUGCAUAUCUUCUAAGGUAAUUAUUUUCUAAAUUACAAAGCGAUUAUUCCUCUAUGACUGAUUUUUGGAUAGAUGAAUCAACUCAACCUUAUUACUUAUCCUACAGUUAGAAAUACUGCGGUUCAACAUUAAUAUAUUUUUAUAAUAUUUCUAGAACUCUUCAGCACAAAAGAAGAACUGUUUUGAUGGAAUUUUAUUUACAUCAUGGAGGAUUAAUUUCACUAAAAUUAAGUAUUAUUAAAUGUUAAUAUGAAUGUGCUGGAUGCAUCGAGAAUUAUCAUGCAACAUAUUAAUAAUGGAAGCUACAUUAAUACUCAUUAAAUGAUAAACUAAGCCAAAAUUUAGAUGGAUGGACUUUUGUAUCAAAUAAUAGUUAAUAUUAAAUGUUUGGUUGUGGAGGAUGCUAAUUUUAGUAAUUUCUUGAGCUUAAUUAUUCUACUGAAUUACCUCCUCAUUAAGAUGUAUUAAUCAGGUUUUUUAAAAUUGAUAGGAAUACUUUAAUAGUAAAUUACUUAUAUGGUAAAAAAGUUAUUAAUUAUCAUUAUUUAAUAGAAAUAUUGAUAAGAAAUCAUUAAGAUCCUAUAUUAUCAUUAAAUUUUAAAAUCCCAGGUUCAUAUCCUGGCCAAAUAAGAGAUUUUGAAUUAUUUUAUACAGAGCCAUUAAUAAAGGUUCCAACUUUAAAUGAAGGUUGUUUAGAGUAAAUUGAUGAGAAAUGUCUGAUUUGCCAAGAAGGUUGGAUUUAAGCUGAAUUCUUUGAAAAUUGUCAUCCAAUUUGUGGAAAUGGAAUUAUAGAAGGUCAAGAAGAAUGUGAUGAUCAUAAUCUAACAUCUAAUCAUACAUGUUUUUAAUGUAAAUAUUAAUGUGUACAAUUUUGUUAAAUUUGUUAAUUUGGAAUUUGUUUACAAUGUAUAGAUGGAUUUACACUUGUUGGAUUUACUUGUGAUCCUGUGUGUGGAGAUGUUAAUUUAACUCCAUAUUCAGUUGAGUAAUGUGAAUUGGCAGUUAAUGGGGUAUGGGAUGGUUGUAAGGAUUGCAGAUUUAUUUAAAUUGCUGAUUGUAAAACUCACUACUUUUCAAUUUGCUUGGAGUGUGAUAUAGGAUUUUAGAUGAUAGAAAAUGUAUGUUAUCCUAAUUGCGGAGAUAAAAUCAUUCUGGAAUAAUAUGAGGAUUGCGAUGAUGGAAAUUUACAACCUUAUGAUGGAUGCUAUUAAUGCAAAUUCCAAUGUAUUGAAGAUUGCAACAUAUGUAAUCGAGGAUAAUGCAUUUUGAAGUGCUCAGAAGGAUAUUAAUUUAUAAACGAUAGUUGUCACUCUGUUUGUGGUGACCAAAUGGUCACAAAAGAAGAAGAUUGCGAUGAUGGAAAUUCAAUAUAGUUUGAUGGUUGUUUUUAGUGCAAGUAUUCUUGUCCAGAAAAUUGUAUUGAUUGCUAUAAAGGUAAUUGUUUAGAGUGCAAUUAUCAAUACGAGUUAUUAAUUUCGAAUGAAUGCAAAUUAUAAUUAAAAUGCGGAGAUGGAUUGCUUUACGAAUAAGAGGAAUGUGAUGAUGGAAAUUAUGAAGCAGCCGAUGGAUGCUAUGAUUGUUUAAUUGAAUAAAAUUGGAUUUGCAUAACAAUAACAAGAGAUUCUCCUAGCUAAUGCACUUUUGUUCAAGCUCCAAACCUAGGAAUAAAUUAUCUUAAUAUGACUUAAAAUAAAUAAUAUAUUAGCCUCUAAUUUAAUUAAUAAGUAUAGAUAUAUACAUCAUAACCCUUAUCAGAAACUAUAUAUUUUGAAUUAUUAGAAAUAGACAAAAAGCACUGGAACAGCAGCUUAUUUAUAAUAUAGGAUGUUGAAUCAUAUUUAAGUUUUGGAGAGUACGUUAUUUAAAUAGAAGUUAACUAACUGCUUGACUUUAGGCCAGUCUUGAAAAUUGGAGUAAAUCAAACAGUUGCUAAUAUCAUGGGUGUUGUUUUGGUUGAUUCUGAAAAAUACAUUAAAUUAGAAUACCCAAAAUAUCUAGAUGAAACACAGAAGCAAUAUUCUUAAAGUUUGAAAAGUGUUAAUGAAUAUUUAAUUUAUAGUUUAUCUGGGAUUACUGCAGUAAGUCUUCUAUUAGGAAGUGGAGAUUUAUUUGUUGAAAUUUUGGCGAUCCUUUAAUUUUAGCAGUACUUAAGAUAUCUCAAUUUAUUAUUCCCUGAAAAUCUAGAGAUUUAUUUUUCUAUUAAUGAUCUGA